AUGCGCGGGCCGACAUUCCUGUUCGCGAUUUUCGCUGCUUGCAUUUCUCUUGCUGGCGCGCAAGACACGACUGCGAAUGUCGCAGUUCCCGUCACAGCUCCCAGCGAUGCGCAACCCCUCUGGUCUACUCUUCUCUCAUUCUCCAUUGAGCAAGAUCGGUGGCCGGACUGGGCUGGCAUCGAUGCUCGUAAUGAGUUUAUGCAUAGUGCGCUUCAAAACUACGCAGAUCUUACUGGAUCGCCGCCAAAGUUUCGCGUGGGCGCGGAUUCCGAGGAUCACACUAUGUGGUCCCCGACAGUGACGGUAAACGAGGACGAGUUUCCUCCUUCAAGUGCCAUCACACCCUACCCGGAAGCAACUCAAAUUGUUGUUGGCAAUGAAUUUUACGAAUUAUCUCGCUGGCUUCCCGCCGGCACGCAUAUGAUAUGGGGCAUCAAUUUAGGGUACAACAACAUUACAAACGCAGUCAAUAUGGCGAAGGCAAUUUUCAAUGCUUUCAGCUUGCCCUCUGUAACCAGUUCUGGAGUGAUUCUGGAACGUAUUGAAGUUGGUAAUGAACCGGACUUGUAUGGCGACAAUGGACUGCGACCUGCCGAUAACUGGACCGUUGAGGACUACGUCGCCGAUUGGGAAUCCGUUGCAGGCCCAGUGGUAGAAUCUGUUGGUAUCACGAGCAAAGUCGGACCUGUCACUGUUCAAGGCGCGGCGUUCUCUGGUCAGGGAUUUACACCAAGGGAGAUUUUUGCUCUCGGAAUUUUGGGCAGCACGGCGGGAAAGGACAUUUCCACUAUUUCGCAGCACCAAUAUUCUGCAGCAUUUUGUAACGGCGGCGAUUUCGGACUCAUAUCCUUCAUGAACAAGUCGUCCAUUCGAUCAAACCUUACAAUUUUUGAGGCCGAUAUUGCAGCGACUUAUGCGCAGGGGUUAACAUAUAUUCUAGGUGAGACAAACAGCGUUGCUUGCCAUGGCGCGCCCGGGGUCAGUAACACCGCGGGUGCUGCACUUUGGGUGAUCGACCAUACACUUUUCUCGUCGACCAUCGCCAUUCGCGAGCUUUACUUCCACGAAGGAGUGGGGUAUAAGUACAAUUUCUUCCAACCAAUCACCCUCAACUAUUCUACAAUUGACGGAUCACCGCUCAACCCGCCAGAGCUCCCACACAUCCAGCCACCAUAUUACGGGGGCCUAGUUGUCGACACGUUCGUGGGAUCAACUGGUUCCGCACAAGUAGUCGAAUUGGACGUGCCCAAUAACAACACGAGCGGAUACGCAGCGUUUGAAGGCGGACAGCUUGUGCGCGCCCUCUUCAUCAACCUUGACGCAUGGACAACAAAUAGCACCGGAACUCGUCCUGUCGUCCAUCUCGAUCUAGACUUUGAUGGGAUUACGACGUCCUACGCGAUGGCACGGAGACUUGUCAUACAGCAUGCGGAUGAUACGUCCAAUUUGACGUGGGCGGGACAAAGUUAUGAGCAGACAUCGAACGUCAGCCCAACCGGUCAGCUGGUACUGGAAACUGUAAAUUUGCAGCAGGGAAUUGAUAUCAGAGCGACCGAGGCAGUGUUACUUACGUUUUGA